CACAGUUUGUUAUUUUGUUAUCUUGAAGUAAUCCACCCACGGGUUUCUUGGAGUUGUGAUCAACUACGUUACUUCUCUCUUGGUUUUCUUCAUCUUCCACCUUCACCUGGUUUACUUCCUUCGAUAAUUAACUUUAUCAAAAUCAAACUUUGAUGUUCUUGCUUGUCUUAAUUACUUCUCUGUCGUUUGACGAAUAGUAUUACACUAUUGUCUGGGAAUUUUGUUCCUUUCCUCUUUUCUGAAUUCCGUUUCUCUGAAAAGAAGUUUAUCAUAAACACGGUAGGUAGAAGAUGAUCAUCGCACUUAUUAGGUUGGAAUGGCAAGGAACUACUUCAAACAAGAACAUGAUCUUGAGAAGAGAAGAGCUGAGGCUGCUAGGAUUAGGGAGAAAUACCCAGACAGGAUUCCGGUAAUUGUGGAGAAGGCCGAAAGAAGUGACAUCCCAAGUAUUGACAAGAAGAAGUACCUUGUCCCUGCUGACUUGACUGUAGGACAGUUUGUCUACGUGAUCCGCAAAAGGAUUAAAUUAAGUGCAGAAAAGGCAAUCUUUAUAUUUGUGGACAAUGUCCUUCCUCCUACAGGAGCAAUUAUGUCUGCCAUAUAUGAUGAGAAGAAGGACGAGGAUGGAUUUCUCUAUGUUACAUACAGUGGCGAGAACACCUUUGGGGAUCUGAUUUCCAUUCAGUAGCCAUUAUAUAAAUUUACACCGUUUGACCUCUGGUCUCCUUGAUCUGUCUGACAAAUUCGUUAUAGUACUCAUGUCAAGAACCUUACUCUCAAUGUUUUGUACAGUUGUAUAUAAAUUCCGUGAACUUGAUUAAUAUUAAAAGUUCCCUCAUUCAGUCCUUCUCGGUUUUAA